GUUUCUGCGUUCACGCUGCCCUGGGUUUAUGGAUGAAACCGGUUAAAGAACUGCUCGUUUUCUUACAAAAUAUCCCUCAGUUUUGUGCGAUAUCGAAGGGCUCUCUGCAGCAUGACAGGACGGAGAUAUGACUGUUAAUGUCACGGUUUAAAUGAUGGCGUCAGGAUGGCGACAGCCUCGAUCAGCUACAUCCGCUUUACUCAUUAACACCAUAAUCAUCUUCAUCAGCACCGGCGCACAGACCCACACCUGUGACCAUAAAGUGCCCCUGCCUACAGAGGUGAUCCAUAAAGUGUUUCUAAAGCCAGAUAGAUUGAUCAAAAGAAGCACUGACCAGCAGUUAAAGAUCCAAAUAGAGUACGACUCCAGCUUGGAUGGGUUAGAUGAAGACAAAAGCAGCCUUGUGAAGGACAAGCUCCUCCCACAGGCUAUUGAUUAUCUUCAGGAGGCCUUCAGGGUUCGUAGGCAGUCUGGCACAAUAUUGCUGAGCAGGCAAUGUGAAACCAAUCAGUACCUUAGAAAGAGAGAUGAUCCGCAUCGCUAUUGUCAGGGACCAUGUGCAGGCAUCACCAAGUGUGGCCCAGUGGUUGUCCCUGAACAACAUUUGCAACAAUGCAGGGUUUGCAGUGAGUCUGGAAAGUCCUGCGGUCCCGCCGGUCCUCCCGAUGGUGAGGGGGUGGCGAGGGCGGAUUUUGUGCUGUACGUGAGCGCGAUGACCACAGAGCGCUGUGGACAAGAGAACAUCGUAGCCUAUGCAGCGUACUGUCAGCUGGAGUCUGAACUGGACAGGCCCAUCGCUGGAUAUGCCAAUCUGUGUCCCAAUAUGAUCUCCACUCAACCUCAGGAGUUUGAAGGAAUGCUUUCCACAGUCAAACACGAGAUCAUACAUGCCCUGGGUUUUUCGGCAGGACUCUUUGCGUUUUACCAUGAUGAUGAUGGGAAACCUUUGACACCACGUUCUGCAAGUGGUCUGCCUGCAUACAAUGAAAGUUUAGGGUUAUAUCAGUGGAGCGAUAAAGUCAUUAAAAGAGCAACUCGGCUGUGGGACAUCCGUGGGGGUCACAUGGUUAGACACACGGUCCAUCUUUUGGCCACUCCACGUGUGGUGGAGGAAGCCAGGAGACAUUUUAAUUGCCCCAUUCUAGAGGGCAUGGAGCUUGAGAACCAGGGUGGCGCUGGAACAGAGUUCAACCAUUGGGAGAAACGUCUGUUAGAGAAUGAGGCAAUGACUGGAUCUCACACCCAGAACAGAGUGUUUUCCAGAAUUACUUUGGCCAUAAUGGAGGAUACAGGGUGGUACAAGGCCAAUUAUAGUAUGGCAGAGAACCUGGAGUGGGGAAGAGGUUUGGGGUGCGACUUUGUGAUGAAAAGCUGUAAAUUCUGGAUAGACCAACAUCGCCAUAGGAGGCCAACACUGAGGCCAUACUGUGAUUCUGUGAGGAGCGCACCUCUGCAGCUCACCUGCAGGCAGGACCAGCUGGCAGUGGCCGUGUGCAACCUGCAAAAGUUUCCUCAUUCACUUCCUGUAGAGUAUCAGUAUUUUGACCAUAUCCCUGGCGUCCCUGAGGCGGAUUUAUCAGCGUAUGGAGGGGCUGUGGAGAUUGCAGACUACUGUCCCUUUAGCCAGGAGUUUAGUUGGCACGUUGGUGGGGAAUACCAGCGCAGCUCUUACUGCAGGGUACAUGAGAAUCAGCCAGCCACAUGGAGAAACUAUGGGGCGGAACAGUACGGCCCAGGAUCAGUGUGUCUAUACCAAAAGUCAGCGUUCGUGAUGGAGCAGUGCACCAAACUAAUGACCUACCCAGACUGGGGCAGUGGUUGCUAUAAGGUGACUUGUACAGCCCAAGGGUUGCUGGUUUGGGUGCAGAACGAGUCCUAUCCAUGUGUCCAUACUGGUCAGGUGAUCAGUGUGAGCGUACGAAUGAAUGGAUGGGUCUACAGCGGGCAGCUCAUCUGCCCCACCUGCUCUGACUUCUGCAGCGACUGCCCCCUCCCUCAUGAGAUACCACCUCUAAACACCACCAAAAGUGCUCGCUUAGAUCCUUGUUCCAGAUCUUCCUGUUUGGUGGUGAACUUAUGGCAGCUCCUGUUAAGUCUUACUCCACUGCUGAUCGGGUUUCUCCUCUGUGGCAGGGACUGAAUUUAGUCCUGGUGGAACGGGUGAAUACGGACAGCUUGCUGCCACGGGCUUCCCUUGAGGUUUAGCUGCCGUGGAGGGCACAACGGCCAUCACUUCUGUAGCGUAGUCUGCGAUCUGAUAACUGUUCUCUAUGCAGAGGUGUGGACUGUAGGUGGGAUUGAAAAGCCAUUGAUUGCACUCCUCCUUGCCUGGCUGUCAGGUGCCAGCGAGCCGUAGAUCCAAUGUGAAGCCAUAGUCAUGGAAGCUGCGGUCGUGCAGCACAGUUAUGCAGGUGCUAAUUAAUGUUCUCUUUGUCUCUCUGAAGGACCUGUAACAUUUUGGGUCGGAACGUAGGCAUCUGGCUGAGAAUGAUGGGAGAUAUUCUCUCUAGUGUUCAGCUCAUGGUGCUCCUCUGCUGUUCUGUGAAAGUACUUGCUGAUGGUAAUGUUUUGAUCAGCGUACAUGUGACUGACGAUGCUUGUGAAUUUGCAUGGAGAAGGGUAGGUGAGAUGUCUGUUCAGGUCAGUGAAAGUGCUGAAUUGAAUAGUUUUUUUGAUAAUUUAUAGAAAUUUGAAUGUUGCCAUUGUGUACGAUAAAUGCGUUAGAAGAGGUUAAAUUGAUUCAUAUUCAGUCCAGAAGUCUGAGAUUACAUUGAAAAGCUAGGAUAAAAAAAAUAAUAUUUGUAGAUGCAUAGAAAAAUAGUAAAGAUAUUAUAAAAAAUAAAGAGAAACACCUUGAUCAUGUGUGUAUAGCUUGGGUGCUGCUGUCAUUACAGGAAAAAAAAGGAGGAUAAACCAAAUACUUACUAAUUCUGAAAUUUUUAAUUCAACCUUUGACUCAGCGUUGUUAUGCUGAUGUUAUAUCUUUUGUAAUACAUUUUAUACUAAAUUAAAUGGCAUUGUCAUUAGUGGUUUCAGACUUUUGGGCCUCUAUUUAGUUUUAUUACAACUAUCAGAUAUACAAAAUUCAGCUUUGAUUAAAGGUGCAGUAAGUGAUUUCUGAGAAACACUGUUGAUAUUUGAAAUCAACGCAAAAAAACACACCCCUUGCUGCGUUGCUCCGCCCCCAAAAAAUGCAUAAACGCGCCCCUGGUCAGAGCCUGACUCCACCCACUGGCAAUAUUUGAAAAAUUGCUGAAAAAGUGGGCAGACUGCAGUGGAGA